UCUAGGUUUGCAUGACUGAGAUUCAACGUUUGACAACUGAUUGUGUCCAAUUGUGUCUGGUCUGGAUCUGCGUGGUGGUGCUUUUGUAUAUUUGUAUUAGGUGCAAGGCGGUGUCGGCUUUUGCAGGAUUUUAGUUGUCUGUAACUGGGAAAGUACAGAUUUAAGCGGGUAUUGGGAUAGGUUAGUGUGCCACUAGUCAGGAACGAUGUUUAAAUUGACCGAGUCCCUCAUGCUGUAUGGCAUUUUGGUCUUUCAAUGGAUUGAAUACUUGUGGGAGAUAUAUCUAAGUGGAAGACAGUACAAAGUUGCCAAGAAGACAGUAACAAUACCAGAUGCUCUUAAGGGUGUCAUGACCAAAGAGACCUUUGAUAAGGCCAGAAAGUAUUCAAUGGCCAAAAACAGAUUUGGUUUGGUAAAAGAUACAUUUAGCAUAAUUGUGUCCACAGCAACCAUUUAUUUUGGUGUGCUAGCAUAUAUUUGGGAUUAUGCAGAAUCAUGGAAAAUUUAUGAGGGAGAAGUGUUUGUCAGCUGUGUCUGGAUAUUCAUCCUGACAACCAUACAAACGAUAGUAGAACUGCCAUUAACCAUAUAUAAUACAUUCGUCCUUGAAGAAGAAUAUGGAUUUAACAAGCAGACUGCCAGAUUCUUCAUAAUUGAUAAGAUCAAGGGAUUCAUCCUGAAUCAGGUUCUUACUCUACCUGUAUCAUCUGUUGCUAUAGUAAUUGUUAAAUAUGGCGGCGAUUACUUCUUCUUGUGGCUGUGGAUUGCUGUCGGUAUAAUAUCGAUGGUUCUGCUAAUCGUUUAUCCGUCCUACAUUGCCCCUAGAUUUGAUAAGUACACGCCACUGCCCGAGGGUGAGCUCAGGACCAGGAUCGAGGCACUUGCAACUGAACUUCGUUUUCCAUUGACACAAUUGUACGUUGUAGAGGGAUCGAAGAGGUCAUCCCAUAGCAAUGCCUACUUUUACGGUCUUUUCAACUCAAAGAGGAUCGUCUUAUUCGACACGUUGCUUGGUAGUGCUGAUAAGGGGGGAUGUAACAACGAUGAAGUAUUGGCUGUCAUUUCGCACGAGCUCGGACACUGGAGCCAUGGUCACGUCACCAAGAACCUGAUCAUCAUGCAGGUCAACCUGUUCCUGAUGUUCAGCGUAUUCGCAAUGACUUUCCGCAAUCCGCUCAUCUACAAAGCCAUCGGAUUCAAGAUCGCCAGACCCGUCCUCGUCGGUCUCAUGGUGGUCAUCCAGUACGUGAUGAUGCCGUACAAUGCGUUGAUUUCAUUCCUGAUGACCUGCCUGUCCCGUCGGUUCGAGUUCCAGGCAGAUCGCUUCGCCAUGUCUUUGGGUAAAUCGGAGCCUCUGAAGAACGCACUAGUCCAGCUCAACAAAGACAAUUUGGGAUUCCCUGUUUACGAUCCACUCUUUUCCUCUUGGUAUCAUUCGCAUCCUCCCCUAUUGGAGAGAAUUGCGGUUCUCGAAGGGGGAAACAAGAAGAGCGAGUAAUUUGAUUAAUGUAUAUUGUUUAUUUGA